AUGGUCCCCGCACUGACUCUGCUGAGUGCCGAAUCCUUGUGGCCCCAGCGAUACUCGGUCAGAGGCUGCUUGGAAGCAGGCCAGGCAUUUGACAAUGUCGAUGCCCAACAAAGCGCACUGACAAAAGGGCGCGUCGCUCAUACCUGGUUCAAGGGAACGUUGCUAGCCGAGAACGAUUCGCUGCCGGUGCCCCACUCGGCUUGGCGCCUGCCGCUCACUGAGUGGGGCCCGCACACCCGGCCCCUCCAAGCUUGGUGUCUCCAUCCUCAUUCAGGAGAGGAGAAAGAGACGGCGGCUACGAAACGUCAGAUUGCGAACCACCGCCUCUCCCACGGCCGCGCACAGUUCGACGUUCGCAGCCCUAUUCGGACGAUCCAACCAUCCCGGAAUCCCAGGCGCGUCGUCGUCGCAGCACAGCCUCACAGCACUGCCACUGCCACCGGAAGGCUGAUCGCACCUUGUCCACCAGUCUGCCUCGCCUUGCUGCUAAAGACAGCAACAAUCACGUACCUUCGUACCACGCAGGACCUAAUCGCAACGGUCCGGUACCGACCCAUGGACCAACAGCAUUCCCAUGCCCGCGGGCGUUCGCUCUCGGCGACGUCUACCGGUGGGGGUAUAAGGAAUGCCCACUCGCCGUCGCCUGCUCCUUUCCCUAAUCCGAACGAAGAAGCAGCCUCGUCCAUCGGUCUCGGCGUCAACCUCGUCGACCCAGCUCUCCAACAGUUUGCCGUGACCCAGCCCGACUUCUCGACAUAUGACGCGAAUGCCGGCAGCUUCAUGAGCAACCAGCAACCUGCCCCGCAGUCCUUCUCUCAGCCAGGCCUCACGAACCCCUCUGCCGUAACGACGUUCGACUUGACUCAAGACUUUAGCGGUCAAGUCAAGGCCGAGACUUCCCCCUUCGGCCCACCCAGCCCCGGAAGUUUCCCGUCACAGUCUCAACAGCAGCAGCAACCCGGCCUCCUCGCGCCGACCUUCGGUGACGGCGACUUUACCAUUUUCCCGCCUACCGCGGGCGAGCCACAGUUCAACACCCCACUUUUUAGCAACGACGGUCAGCAACAGCUUUCCGUUCCAGAACCCAACAUGAUGGCUCAGGCAAACCAUACACCGACCCCCCCUCACCUCCUCAACCCCGACCCGCAGCAGCCGGGCUCCGCGAAUCAUUCCCCCCGCUUCAACCAGCAUCAGUUUUCCUCCCCGCCUGGGAGGCACUCUAGGAAUGUUUCUCUCGGCCCCGAGGCGGCACUCCUGCCGGGGCAGCUGGACUGGACUCACGCGGGGCCUCAGUUUCAAGGACACAGGCGCAGCGCUUCCGAGUACUCGGAGGUCUCCUCGGCUGCGCCCUCUCCCAACCUCGUUAGCUCAGACACCUUUGAACACCUAGACCAUCACCACUCCCCGAUGCAACGGCCCCAAGACGCCGCGCUAUAUCAGGAGUUACACGGGAUAGGCAGCUUUAGUAUCUCGGACCCUGGCACUCACAGCCCAAGUCACGGUGGCGCAAGGAGCCCAUCCCAUAGUCCUGCCAUAUCGCCUCGUAUACUUCCCCAGCAGCUACCUGAUAUGGGCCAGCAGGGAAGCUUCUUGCUACCGAACCAGAACAACGGCUUUGGUCCAUCCUCGUACAUGCACGAUCCCCAGGAAGCGUUCCCUCAGCUCCAGGAGACGCCCGAGAUGCAACAGGGAAUGCCUGCCCCACCUUCCAUCAACAUUGACUUUGCGCCAACUGCUGUUCGGAGCGGUUUCGAGCAACCAAAGAGCCUUGAUAUAGAUUCGCUUACGCCGCCAGAGCGAGGGCGCCAAAGGGUGCAACGACCCCGCGCUGUCACGGACCCUUACAACAGCAGCGCCGCGCUGUUGGGGACCCACCGCAGUGUUUCGGCGUCCGGGGGUCUCUCCCCCGAUGCCGCCGCCGGCGCGCGGCCCGAAACAUCCCGCUCACUUUCCCCUCUUGACCGCGGAGGCAGUACGGCGGCGAGCAGGAGGCGCCAAUCCACUUCGGCCGUCCCGAAUAAUGUCAUGGCGCUCCGUCUCGUCGAUCCCGAUUAUAACGGCGGAGCCCAAGGGGAAGGUGGCGGAGGGAGCGCAAAGCGCGUGCAGAAACACCCGGCGACGUUCCAGUGUACCCUCUGCCCGAAACGGUUCACCCGAGCCUAUAAUCUACGCUCACACCUUCGGACACAUACCGAUGAGCGGCCGUUCGUGUGCACCGUCUGUGGCAAGGCAUUCGCGCGGCAGCAUGACCGAAAACGGCACGAAGGCCUUCACUCUGGUGAAAAGAAGUUCGUUUGCAAGGGAGAGCUCAAACGGGGUGGGCAGUGGGGUUGUGGCCGGAGGUUUGCCCGCGCCGAUGCGCUUGGCCGUCAUUUCCGGUCUGAGGCGGGCCGUAUCUGCAUUAAGCCGCUCCUCGACGAGGAGAUAUCUGAGCGGAUGAGGCAGUGGGAUGAGGAUCAAAGACAGCAAGCUCAGCAAGCCAUGGCUCAGGGUCUCGUCAUGCAGCCGCAGGGCAUGAUGAUGCCGCCUGGUAUGGACCCCAACACCGGCGGCUACCCGAUAGACGCCAGCGGCAAUUAUGCGCUACCGCAGGCGUUGCUGGCGCAGUAUCCUGCUCUGGCGCAAAUGAAUUGGUCGGGCGCCGACAUGGGCGGCGGUGGCAGCGGCAUCGAGGACGAGCUGAGUGGCAGAAGCAGCUUCGACGCGAGUGACUACGACGGCGAGGACGAUGGCGGUUAUGUCAGCGGGCCCGGCACCGGCUUCGGUCAGGGUGGGAUGCAAGAAAACUUCGGCGAAAUGGGCUACGCCAGUGACUACGGCGGGCGCUGA